AUGACAUCAACAACACCCCCACCAACCACCACAACAUGUGCCUGUUAUCAUGAAGGAAGAGUGUAUAUGCCAGGCGAUGAAAUAGCAAGAAGCGACAGCAGAGAAAGGGAUGGAAAAUGCUACAGCCAUGUAUGUGAAGAGAAUUGUAAGAAGACAUCCCGAAUUGAGACACCAUGUGAACGUACACCACCACCACCACCAACAACAACACCCCCACCAACCACCACAACAUGUGCCUGUUAUCACGAGGGAAGAGUGUAUAUGCCAGGUGAUGAAAUAGCAAGAAGCGACAGCAGAGAGAGGGAUGGAAAAUGCUACAGCCAUGUAUGUGAAGAGAAUUGUAAGAAGACAUCCCGAAUUGAGACACCAUGUGAACGCACACCACCACCACCACCAACAACAACACCCCCUCCAACCACCACAACAUGUGCCUGUUAUCAUGAAGGAAGAGUGUAUAUGCCAGGUGAUGAAAUAGCAAGAAGCGACAGCAGAGAGAGGGAUGGAAAAUGCUACAGCCAUGUAUGUGAAGAGACUUGUAAGAAGACAUCCCGAAUUGAGACACCAUGUGAACGUACACCACCACCACCAACAACAACACCCCCACCAACCACUACAACAUGUGCCUGUUAUCACGAGGGAAGAGUGUAUAUGCCAGGUGAUGAAAUAGCAAGAAGUGACAGCAGAGAAAGGGAUGGAAAAUGCUACAGCCAUGUAUGCGAGGAGAAUUGUAAGAAGACAUCCCGAAUUGAGACACCAUGUGAACGUACACCACCAACACCACCACCAAAAACAACACCCCUUCUAACCACCACAACAUGUGCCUGCCAUCACGAGGGAAGAAUGUAUAUGCCAGGUGAUGAAAUAGCAAGAAGUGACAGUAGAGAAAGGGAUGGAAAAUGCUACAGCCAUGUAUGUGAUAAGACUUGUAAGAAACCAACCCGAAUUCAGACACCAUGUGAACGUACACCACCAACGCCACCAUCAACAAAAUCUGUGACAACAACCCCUCCAGUCACAACACACGGCACAAAAUGUUCCUGUCAUCAUAAUGGAAAAGUGUAUAUGCCAGGUGAGGAAGUAACAAGAAGUACAGUUCUUGGUAAAUGCUACAAAGUCAUAUGUGACGGCAGUUGUGGGGAGAUACCGGCAAUUGAGAUACCUUGUACAACAACACCAACAACUACACCAACUACAACUAAAACAACUACACAAACUACAACACCAUCAAGUACUCCUAAAACAACCACCAAGCCAACCACCAAGCCCACCACCAUCACUACAAUAAGUACAGCUACGCCAUGUGUGCCACAUACAAGCUGGCAGGUUUUUAAUUGCACCAAAGCAGUAUGCAAUUCAGCGGGUCAUCUAGACAUUGUUCAGAAAUCUUGCACACCUCCACCAGCAAUUACCUGUGCCAAUAAAAUGAAGCCAAUUGCUGUUCCUGAUGAUGACUCCUGUUGCUGGCAUUGGGAGUGUCCUUGCGUGUGUAGUGGUUGGGGAGAUCACCAUCUUACCUUUGAUGGAACCUAUUAUGCAUACCAAGGAAGUUGCUCCUACGUUCUUAUGGAAGAAAUUGUGAAAACAGUUGAUAACUUUGGCAUUUACCUCGACAAUUAUGACUGUGGAGAUAAAUCUGGUAUUAACUGUCCACGCAAACUAACUGUACGUCAUAAAACUCGGGAAAUUACAAUUUCACCCAAAACAGUCUCGCCUAUAAGCUUAGAGACUCAUGUAAAUGGAAAUCUUGUAUUGCUUCCAUACACAAAAUAUGGAGUAAACAUUUACCAAUCUGGAGUAUAUUUAGUAGUUGAAAUACCAGAGCUGCACACCAAUGUCACUUAUAAUGGUUUGACCUACACUGUUGAGAUGCCAUAUGGAAAGUUUUAUAACAACACACAUGGACAAUGCGGUACUUGCACCAACAACCAAGCUGAUGAUUUUAUGAUGGCUAAUGGUAAAAUUACAACUAAUGCUGUAGCUAUGGCUGAUUCUUUUAUGGUGCAUAACCCAGACAAGCCUCGAUGCAAGAGCAUUCCUCCAGUACAUCCUAAAAUUUGCAAAUCUACUCUCUGCGAUCUUAUCAUGGGACCGGUUUUCCAAAAAUGCCAUGCGUUCCAUUCACCAGAACCUUUCUACCAAGCCUGCCUUUUGGACAACUGCAAUAAGGCCAACUCAAACAAUGAAUGUACAAGUUUACAACAUUAUGCUUCAAUCUGCGGUGAUCAAGGUGUCUGUAUUCAGUGGAGAAGCCAUGCCUCAACUUGUCCAUUUACUUGUCCUUCUAACAAAGUGUAUGAUGCAUGUGGCCCGGCUCUCCCCAUAACCUGCCAAACAAUGCCAGCAGAUGCGAUAGCACAGCAAAAUGAUAUACGUGUUGUGGAAGGAUGCUUCUGUGCCAAAGGCAGCAUGCCAUUUACCACGUCAACUGAUGUCUGCGUAAGCGACUGUGGGUGUAUUGGGCCAGACAAUGUUCCCCGCAAGUAUGGAGAAUCCUUUGAGUUUAACUGUGAAACCUGCACAUGUUUGGAGGGUGGUAGUGGAAUAACCUGCGAGAGACAACAGUGUCAUCAUGUACGAAAUGAGGAGUGUACUCGGGAAGGUUUCUACCGAGUGACUGAAAUCAGUCCUACAAACAAGUGUUGCGAAGAAACUGUAUGCAGAUGUGACCCAAGUCGGUGCCGAAAUGCCUUCCCAAAAUGUGGACCUGGAUUUGAACUUAAGGGUGGCAUCAAAGAAGGGCACUGUUGUCCUACUUAUGUUUGUGAACCAAAACAAGUUUGUGUUAGUGGAAACGCUGAAUACUUGCCUGGGUCUCAUGUUUACUCAGAUAACUGUGAGAACUGUAUCUGUGCACAAGAUGGAAACAACUUUACAAUAGCCUGCAACCCAAUUGUCUGCAACAUACACUGCCCAGCUGGUUUUAAGGUGAAGAAAAACUCCCCAUCUGACUGUUGUGGUACCUGUCAGCAAACCAAUUGUGUGGUGAAUUAUGAUGGCUCCUACAGGCUUAUGAAUCCUGGAAAUGAACUGCCUUCAAUGAAUGAUAACUGCACAAUGUACAAAUGCUCAUUAAUCAAUGAUCAGUUCAUCACCACUGUCUCACAAAUCUCUUGCCCCUCAUUAAAUGAAGAAGACUGUGAGCAUGGAAGCAUUCAUCUUUCACCCAAUGGAUGCUGUCAAACAUGUAUCCAAAAGAGAAGCUCCUGCAAGAUACAGGCAGUUGAUGAUUACUUGACCUACCAAGGGUGCACAUCAGUGAGAAGACUCAGAAUGUCUCGCUGUGAAGGAUCCUGUGGAACCUUUUCAAUGUACUCUUCUGAACAACGGGCUAUGUCCAAAAAGUGUUCUUGCUGCCAAGAGGUUCAGACUGCAAGAAAUAAAGUCAAGCUGCAGUGCCCCGAUGGAAGAAUAAUUGAUCAUGAGUACAUUGAUGUGCUGGAGUGCAAGUGUGCUGGCACCAAAUGUCAUGAUGGAAACGUCUAGUAUAAACAUUUAAAUCUUUAAGGAGGUAUUUAAAUUA